AUGCAGUACUCCUGGUUGCCGCAGGAGCGUCGUGAGGUAAUUAUCCGUGAGAAGCCGCCCUUGGUCAUCUCCAACAAGCGGUUUGCCAGCAUCCAGGCAAAUGCCAGCCAGGCAGCCAAGCAGGAGCGGCUGUACCGCCUCCAGCUGCGUGAGCAAGCAGAGGAGCAGCUGCGUAUCGGCGGGGAGGAGCUGCUACGUCAGUUUGGUGGCAAAAAUUUGGUCAUCACAAAGGCGGAGGAGUGCCGGAGAGAGCUGCAGCAGCAGCGGGAACAGGAGCUGGAGGCCAAGCGACUGGCGGAGGAGGAGGCUGCAGCCGCUCGACGGGAGGCACAGCGCACGCAGAAGGAGCGCAUAGCGGCAGCCAAGAAGCUGCUGGAGGAACUGCGUCCGGGGCCGCGGGAGCUGCAGUGUGCCCGACUGCAGAGCGAGGUGCUGCGCAGUGUCCAAGCCCAGCGAGAAGUGCAGGUGGUGUUUGCCCAAGCUCUGGAGCAGAAGGCGGAGCAGGACAGGCGCAUAUACCAAGAGCAGGUGCUCAACGGGAUUGACGAUACCCAGCGGCGUCGGUCCGAGCGCUGCCAGCAACUACGGGAGCACAAGCAGGAGCUGCUCGGUGCCAUUGCAGAGCGGGAGAGGGAGCGUCAGGCGCUCAAGGCUGAAGAGUACGAGCAGGCACGUCAGGAGCGGGAGAGGAACCAACGGCAGUUAAGGGAGCAGCAGCACAAGGAGGAAGAGAUGGUGGCUGCCAGGCGGCGCCAGAAGCGGGAGGAGGCUCUCGCCUCGCUGGCCAUGGCGGAGCAGCGUCAUCAGCGCCUUCUCAUGCUGGAGGAGGUGGAGCAGGUGCAGUGCGAUAUCCACAACGAGGCAAAGGGACGCCUGGAGCAGAUGAAGCAGGAUCGGGCACGCAACCGCGUCCAGAAACGCAUUCAGCGGAACGAGAAGCUCGCCCAGUUGCUGGCUCCUCGCCUCCACUACAGCGCUGGCGAGGAUGAGGCGCGCCACAAGCGCCAGCUGGUGGAAAUGCAAAAGGCUCACAGUGCAGAGCAGGCCAAGCGUCGCCAGAGUCGCGAGCAAGCCAAAAACUCUCGUUUGGCCAUCCAGCGGGAGGAGGAGCAGCUGGCCCAGGCCGCCAAACAGCAGGCAGAGGCUGACAAAAGCGAUGCCAUCGAUCGUCGGCUGAAGAACGACCUCGUCCACGUGCAGUUCAAGCGGCAGCAGCGCCAGGAGCAGCUCCAGCGGGUGCGGCAGCUGCGCCAGCAGUUGGACGAGCAAGUGAGGCAGCGGCACGAGGAGGAGACACGACCCGAGACCAACUACAAUCGGGAGGCGCAGCUGGAGUGUCUGCGCGAGGAUGCCUUCUUCUUCGACUAUGCCCACCAGCUGAUGGAUGAGGCCCAGGCCAGGGGCUGUCCACUGAAGCCCUUUGUCCGGGCAGUGGGGCAGUACAAGAACGAGAACCGCAUAGGGGCGGGCAUCCGCGUGCCACCGCAUAUGGUGACGCGCCUGCCAAUGGGGCGACGCACUGCGGGCGACAGCGCAGCCGAGACGGAGGUCAAAGCCAAGUCAAGUGUGGAGGAAGCCAAGCUGGUCGAGGAGGAGGAGCAGCAGCGGCGCAAUAUCGAGGAGAGCCUCAAGAAGAUUGAGACAUUGGUGUUGGCCGAGGCCACAGCCAAAGAAGAGAGCAAGAAGGGAUAAAUACUGGCUGGAGGAUCAUUCAUUU